UUGGUUUAUUCCAGAACCACUUUGGCAUUCGAGACAUUUGUAUUUUUUUAUUUUCUAACUUUAUUGAACAACACAGUCUCUGAUAUCUCCGACAUUAAAUGAAGGCACCGUGACGUUUAUGGAGAAAACGAAAGUUGCAUGUCAUGGAAGUACAGUCGGUAUGAAAACAGAAAAGAUGGAGUUUUUAUGAUGAGAUGAGCGUUUAUUGUGCAAUUUUCAUGUAGUUUAGGUUGACAUUCCGGCUGCCGGGUAUGAGUUUUCAUGAUGGAGUCUGAAAACUACGUCGCUAAACUGAACGAGUUCGUCCAGAGGAAUCGUCUGGUGCUGAGAUAUGAAGACGUGGGAUCUGCUGGACCUGACCACAUUAAAACGUUUACCCUCAGAGUUGUCGUCAAUGGUAAGGCCUAUCCUGAUGGAGUGGGCAAGAACAAGAAGGAAGCCAAACAAAAUGCAGCUAAAAACGCCUUGAGAGUCUUAUUGGAGGAAACAGCUGAUUCUACAGAACAUGCAGCUGAAGCUUCUACUACACCAGUUCGUCAGACAACCUUAAGCAGUACCAACUACGUAGGUUGGCUAAAUGAAUACGGUCAGAAGCACAGGGUGAAUGUAAGGUCUGUGGAGUCAUCUAAGAUUGGACCACUUUUUACAACUCAAUAUUGUAGGUUUGUGGUUGGUGAUAAGGAGUACCCCCCUGCAUCUGGGAAGUCAAAGAGGGAAGCUAAGGAGGAAGCAGCUAAACUGGUAUACCAUGAGAUAUUUGGCAGUAGAACUACAAAGACUGGAGAGGAGAAAGAUAGCAACACAUCAAGUCAACAAAGAGAGGAAUUGAACAAAAAUGUGGCAGACAUCUGUGAUCUCACAAAAAACCUGAGUGUAAGGACUAAAGAGAGCAGCUUUGCAGAGACAAAUUUCAUAGGGAUUGUUCACAACUACUGUCAGAAAACAAACCGCACCUGUACAUUUAUGGAAGCUGGGAGAUCUGGCCCACCUCAUAACCGCAAAUUUUUCCACAAAUUAUUGAUUAACAACAAGGAAUACCCCGUUGGUGAGGGUAAAAAUGUCAAGGAGGCCAAACAAAAUGCAGCCCAGCUGGCCUGGGAUGCUCUUCAGGAACAGUCAGACUAUGACAGCAAGAUAAACUGGUCAGCUGCGUCUGAUGACGGUGCACCAGCCAAGCCGUCCAGACCAUCAAGCUCACUGGAUUCUGGGUUUCCAAAAUCAACAAGCAGUUCACUAAACCCUCCGGAGGAUCAGCAUGCAAGCCCUGAUAUCAAAAUGAGUAUUGCAGCAAAUUUCCCAAAAGAUAACGAAAGCAGCAAAGAGGAUUUGAUGCCCAAUUUCAAGCUGAAGACUGCAGGAAGUACAAAGAUUGAGAAAACAGCAAGUCAGUCAGUCUCAAGGUUUACAACUGAUUUUGAUUCCAUAGAGCAGCUCGGUAAAGGAGCCUUCGGUCAUGUUUUUAAGGCAAAACAUAAACUCCUGGACGUAUAUUAUGCUAUAAAGAUCGUUCGCUACAAAGAGAAAGCUCUACGAGAGGUGAAGGCAUUGUCAGACCUGGACCACUCUAACAUUGUUCGAUACUACACGUGUUGGAAGGAGGAUUCAGAAUACCACUGGGAGAGUCACACUGACAGUAGCACCGCCACACAGUCUUCCAGUGAUUCAUCCACCAAGUAUCUCUAUAUUCAGAUGGAGUUAUGUGACACCAGAACACUGAGAGUGUGGAUUUAUGAGAAGAACGCUCAGAACGUAAAGAAAUCUCUGCGAGACUCCAAAAGAAGAGAAGAAAGUCUAAGCAUUGCCCCACAACUAGUCAGCGGGGUCGAGUACAUUCACUCCAAGAUGCUCAUCCACAGAGACCUGAAGCCUGCCAACAUCAUGUUUGGGCGUGAUGGAGAAGUGAAGAUUGGAGACUUUGGUCUGGUCACUGCUGAGAAUGAUGAUGAUGCCGAGAACCUGAUGGAGAGAACAGUGUACAAAGGAACCCCGUCUUACAUGGCUCCUGAGCAGAAAUGCAGAAACACAUAUGACCGGAAGGUGGACAUAUUUGCAUUGGGGCUGAUAUAUUUUGAACUCCUUUGGAACAUCUCUACUGGCCAUGAAAGACUAGCGAUUUGGGAGGAUGUCCGAAACCAGAAACUUCCUGAAGGAUUUUCUCAUCAUUUUCAGCAAGAGAGCCAAAUUAUAAAGUCAAUGCUGUGUGUGAAACCAGAAGACCGACCAGAGGCAAGUAAACUGAAGACUGACUUGGAAGAGUGCAAACAGUCACUCGUGAUGCCUGAAAAGAUACAACGUGAUAGUCACAGUGUCUGAUUACUGCAAGGAAACACAGAAACACUCAUCAAAGUCCAACAAGUACCACUGUUUAUCCGCCGUAACGCUAUAUAAGGCUGUGAAGGUUUUAAAUAAUAACUGGAAUGUCUUUUAAUAAGUUGUAUGGCAUGAGUUCACAUCAUACUUAUUACUCCACCAAGCAGAAUCCUCAGCAGAGUUAUGUGAUGAUCGGCGUUGAUUUGUCUGUCUCUCUGUUAGCAACAUUACUCAAACAUGGAUAAAUAUGUAAUUUUCAGGAAAGGUCAGAAAUGACACAAGGAUCAAUUGAUUAGAUUUUGGCAGUGAUGCGGCUUAUAGUCUGGAACCCCAGAUUUUUUAAAGACUUCAGCCUUCAGAAAUGAUACAAGGAAUGAACAGCCUUGGCAAAGAACUGAGUGCUUUUCUAGUAUAUGUGGAACUGUACUUGAUGGAAAAAGACGAGUUUUAUAAUCAGUGAAUACGACAUGAAUUACAUCGGUCCGUUUUUACAAAUAAUCAUGUUUUUUAGCUAUGUCAGCUGGAUAAUACUUUUUUUGUUGUUGUUUGCUGGAAUGGUUGAGUGUAUUCACACUUACAAUGACGUUACAUUCCAUUUUUCAUGGCACUUUUCUUUUUUUAUUAUGGAAGGUGGAAGUGAAAAAUAAAACAAUCUGUGGUCUAAUGGUCA